AUGGGUUAUCACAGUAAUCUUGAUAAGGUCCAUAAUAAGAGGGCCAAGGUUCCCUACACAAAGGAGCAGAUAAGGAACGUCUUCAAACGUCAUGACAAGAAUGGAGAUGGUCAACUUUCCAAAAAUGAGCUGGACGCAGCCUUCAAAGAACUUGGCUCGAUAUGGCCUCCUGCUAGAGCUUGGUUUGGUCAACGGUAUGCAGAUGAAGACGGCGAUGGCUUCAUUUCUAUAGACAAGGAACUCAGCAAGCUCGUCCAGUAUGCCCUAGAAUUGAAGUAUACACUUCAGUAA